GGUACCCACGGUCGUGAAGAGGAGGAGGAUGUGGCGCGCGGAGGGGAAAUGGCUGCCGAAAACAAGCCGGAAGGACUGAAGAAAAUCCGUAAUCCAGAUCGAAUGUACAGAUCAGCUGUGUGCUAUGCCGGCCAUGCUCCUCCUAAGGGUGUCAAUGCUGACACAGAGAUGAACAAUGAACAUGGACAUUUGAAAAUAUACCUGCCCAAAAAGCUGCUUGAAUGUCUACCAAAAUGCUCCUCGUUGCCAAAGGAGAGACACAGGUGGAACACCAAUGAGGAAAUCGCAGCUUACUUGAUAACAUUCGAAAAGCAUGAGGAAUGGUUAACAACGUCCCCUAAAACAAGGCCACAGAAUGGGUCGAUGAUUCUGUACAACAGGAAGAAGGUGAAGUACAGGAAGGACGGCUACUGCUGGAAGAAGAGGAAAGAUGGCAAGACCACGCGGGAGGACCACAUGAAGCUCAAGGUCCAGGGGGUGGAGUGUCUGUAUGGUUGCUACGUCCACUCCUCCAUCAUCCCCACCUUCCACCGCAGGUGCUACUGGCUGCUCCAGAACCCAGACAUCGUGCUGGUCCACUACCUGAAUGUUCCGGCCAUCGAGGACUGCGGGAAGCCGUGCGGGCCCAUCCUCUGCUCCAUCAACACGGACAAGAAGGAGUGGGCCAAGUGGACCAAGGAGGAACUCAUUGCCCAACUCAAGCCCAUGUUUCAUGGCAUCAAGUGGACUUGCAGCAAUGGGAGCAGCAGCUCAGGCUUCUCAGUGGAGCAGCUGGUGCAGCAGAUACUGGACAGCCACCAGACCAAGCCAACUCCCCGGACCCACAACUGCCUGUGCACAGGCACCCUGGGUGCUGGGAGCAGCCUGCACCAUAAGUGCAACAGUGCCAAACACCGCAUCAUCUCCCCCAAAGUGGACCCGCGCUCCAGCAGCCACAGUAGCCACAGCGAGGUGCAGAACAGCGACGUGUCCGAGGGGAAGACCGAGCUCAUACACAGCAAGAAUGGCGGGGGUGGAGGAGGAGGAGGAGCGGGCGGCAGGGGCGCCCGGGAGAAGCGCAAUGGCAAGGUGGCAAGCCGGCGCUGCUGCACCAGAACAGCACCAGAGGUGUCGUCCAGCAACCAGGUGGAGGUGCCGGACACCACGCAGAGCUCGCCGGUGUCCAUCAGCAGCGGGCUGAACAGCGAGCCCGACAUGGCCGACAGCCCAGUGGUCAGCGCCAUGGCGCACGUCACCUCCGUCAUGGGCAGCCUGUCCCAGAGCAGCGUCUUCAUGUCCGAGGUGAGCGCCGACCCGGUCUACAGCAUGUCACCCACAGGGGGCGCCAACGCACACCUACUGGGCACAGAGACCACCCCGGGGGGACUGGUGCUGGCGGUGGCCACCGACGGACACAAGUUUGCCUUCCCUGGCGCGGUGGGCCUGGGAGAAGGAGCCGGUGCGGAUGGGCUCGCCAUGCUGACGGCCGGAAGCGUCUCCGAGGAGCUCGUCCUCUCCAGCAGCCUGGACACCACCACCAUCAAGCUGCCCGAGGCCACCAUGAACUUUGACCCCGACUGCUUCCUCAACAACCCCAAGCAGGGCCAGACGUACGGCGGCAGCGCCAUGAAGAUAGAUGGGGGCUCGUCCGGGAGCGCGUCCUCGUCCUCGGGGGCCGGCAGCUCCAACGGCAGCCUGCAGCACUCGCCCUCCAUGUCCGACUCCAGCUACGGCUAAGCCGCCCUGGUGAAGAACAUCAAGACGGAGGACACUUCCUUUGAGCAGCAGCUGGCCAAGGAAGGCUACCAGGUGGGGGAGGUGGGCAGUGGCGGAGGGGGCAUCUCGGGUUCUACCGGGCGGAAACUCGGCCACAAGGCUCCCUGGCUCUGACCCCCACCGGUUCUCUGCUGCCCAUCCGGUGGAGGCCUGAGUCCCAGCACCACCUUGGAGCAGAUGGACUUCAGUGCCAUUGAUGCCAAGCAGGACUUCUCCGCCUCCGUGGCCACGUCGGUGGGCUAUGGCGUCCAUGCCAUGUCCAGCCCCCAUCUGGCCCACCAGGGCCGCUCGCCCAGCUUCUUCCUGCAGGACGCGCCGCAGACCAGCCAGGCCCAGCAGCAGCAGCAACAGCAGGGCAGGUCCAACGUGGGGCAGAAGAGCCACCUCUCCCUGGAGCACAACUCCCACGACGGCUCCUACAUGGGCCUGCAGGUGGUCAAGACCGACUCGCCCGGCAGCAACGGCCACCUCCACCACCACCACGCACACCAGAGUCAGCACAGAACCAACUGCAACGGGGUCUCCGCCUCCGAGGGCCAAGGCCAAGCCAGCUCGCUCCAGCUGCUGCAGUACCAGGGAGGCUUCCCUGGACUGGGCCCUGAGCACGAGGAGGUGGUGGGCCUGGAGCAGCAAGGCAGCGUGAGCGCCGGCCAGGCCGGGGUCACCGAGAACGGGGGAGAUGGCCUACUCAAGGCCGGGGAUCACCUCCAGGCCUGUGGAGGAGGAGGAGGAGGAGGAGGAGGCAAUGGCGAGGGUGGAGGAGGCGCAGCGGAGCACUACAUGCAGCAGAACGCAGAGGCCGGGGGAGGAGCUGGAGCCGAGGGCAUGAGGAACGGCAAUGGUGGCAACGUGAAUGGCAACUCCUCCCAGCAGCAGCAGCAGCUUCAGCCCCUCCUGCAGGGGGCAGGCCUGGUCCAGGGGCUCUACAACACCGUGGCUGCCCACCAGGGUCUGAGUGGCGGGGGGGCAGGCGGAGGCACAUCCGGGAGCAUGGAGAUCAGCCUGGACCACUUCGACAUCUCCUUCGGCAACCAGUUCUCUGACCUCAUCAACGACUUUAUCUCCGUGGACGGAGGGGCCACGGCCGUGGGGCCCGGGGCCGGCCUCUACGCCCACCAGCUGGUGGCGCCGCAGGGCUCCGACGGCCAGGCGGGCUCCGGGGGCGCCCAGUCCCAGGGCCAGGAGGACGGGGCCAACAGGGGCACCAGCUACAGUCCCGCAGAGCUCUGUCUCCAGUCCUGCUGCAGCCCCCAGUCCCUGGGAGGAGGAGGCGCCGGAGGAGGCUCCAGGGAGCAGGGCUCGCUGGCCUACAUGCAGGUGGCGGAGGUGGUGUCCGCUGCUGUGGCUCAAGGGGCCCUAGGGAUGCUGCAGGCUACAGGCAGGCUCUUCAUGGUCACUGAUUACUCCCCUGAAUGGUCCUACCCUGAGGGAGGGGUGAAGGUGCUCAUCACUGGCCCCUGGCAGGAGGCCAGCAGUAACUACAGCUGCCUGUUUGACCAGAUCUCUGUGCCGGCCUCCCUCAUCCAGCCUGGAGUCCUGCGCUGCUACUGCCCUGCACAUGACACCGGCCUGGUGACCCUGCAGGUGGCGGUCAGCAGCCAGAUCAUCUCCAACUCGGUGGUGUUUGAGUACAAGGCCCGUGCACUGCCCUCCCUGCCCUCCUCACAGCACGACUGGCUCUCUCUGGACGAUAACCAGUUCAGAAUGUCCAUCCUGGAGCGGCUGGAGCAGAUGGAGCGCAGGAUGGCCGAGAUGGCCGGCCACCAGCAGCAGGGCGGUGGAGGAGCGGGAGGCGCCGGAGCCGGAGGAGGCGCAGUAGGAGGAGGUGGUGCAGGAGGAGGAGGAGGUGGAGGAUCAGGAGGAGGCGGCGCUGGCGGAGGCAAUGGAGGAAACAGUGGGCAGUCUCAGUGCGUAUCGGUGCAGGGCCAGGCGGGCAGCUCCUUCGAGAGCCGCGUGGUGGUGGUGUGUGAGAAGAUGAUGAAUCGCGCCUGCUGGGCCAAGUCCAAGCAUCUCAUCCACUCCAAGACCUUCCGCGGAAUGACCCUGCUACACCUGGCCGCCGGGCAGGGCUACGCCACCCUCAUCCAGACCCUCAUCAAGUGGCGCACGAAGCAUGCUGACAGUAUUGAUCUGGAGCUGGAGGUCGACCCUCUCAACGUAGAUCACUUCUCCUGCACCCCUCUGAUGUGGGCCUGUGCGCUGGGUCACCUGGAAGCCGCCGUGGUCCUGUACAAGUGGGACCGCCGGGCGCUGGCCAUCCCCGACUCUCUGGGCCGGCUGCCGCUGUCCAUCGCCCGCUCUCGCGGCCACACCAAGCUGGCCGAGUGCCUGGAGCAACUGCAGCGGGAGGAGCAGCAGACGCCCGCCUCCCUGCCCCCUCCACCGCCUCCCCCACCCAGCUCCCGCCUGGGCUUCUCCCCCGGACCAGGCCCCGGCUCCGGCCACGACGCACCCACCUCCGACGGCAGCGGCUGGAUGGUCAACUGGGCCGCGGACGCAGUGAUGGCCCCCAGUGGGCAGAGGAGUGGUUCGGGCACCACCACCACCAGCACAGCCAGCAGCGUGACCUCCGACCUGAGGAGGCCGAGGUCAGAGCCCUCCCACUACUACAGCAGUGAGUGUCAGCGGGACCUGCCCCUGGCCAAGAAACACAAGCCCAACCCUGAGGCCACAGGGGCCCACACGAGACCCGACAAGGCCAUGUCCGUCCCCCUCAGCCUGGAGCAGCAGCAGCUCCACAAGCUCUCCUCCAACCCCAAGACCCUCUCGCCCCAGCCUCUCAGCCCAGACAAGGGCCUCGAGGACGGGGCAGCCAGCGGAGGUGGAGUCGGUGGUGGUGGAGGUGGUCCGUUCCGGGCAGCGGGGACCAAGUGGAGCUCGAGGGAGGUGUAUUCUGGGAGGAAGGGUGGAGGAGGUGGAGGAGGCGGAGGAGGUGGUGGGAGCCUGGGGAAGGAGAAGCUGGCGGGGAGACUGAGGCAGCGUGAGCCCCUCAGCAUGCUAAUGAUGACGGAGAGGGAGAUGGUGGACACGGAGCUGCUAAGCUACAGGGAGGAUCUGGAGAACCAGGACUGCCUCACACACAUGGACGACCUGCAGGUGAACAUGAUGACCUUGGCUGAGCACAUCAUCGAGGCUACGCCCGAGCGCAUCAAGCAGGAGAACUUUGCUGCCGUGGAGCCUGCGCCCCUUGACAGUGCUGGCGUCAACAACACCAUGAGCUGGCUUGCCAGUUACCUGGGCGACGCCGAACACCUCCCCAGCAUCAUCCAUCUCCGGUCCCUGUACAGCGAGCCCCUGACCCCCUCGUCCAACCCCGGCCUGAGCCCCGGCGGGUCGCCUCUCCGCGAGGGGCCGCUGGACAAGCCCGGCCUGCCCUCCCCGGCCGAGUGGAGCGAGUUCCUGAGCGCGUCCAACAGCAAGGUUGAGCGGGACCUGGCCCAGCUCACGCUGUCCGACCCCGAGCAGAGGGAGCUGUACGAGGCCGCCCGGCUGGUGCAGACCGCCUUCCGCAAGUGCAAGGGCCGACCGCUGCGAGAGCAACAGGACGUAGCCGCUGCCGUCGUUCAGCGCUGUUACAGAAAGUAUAAACAGCUAACAUGGAUAGCCUUGAAGUAUGCACUUUAUAAGAAGAUGACGCAGGCCGCCAUCCUAAUCCAGAGUAAGUUCCGCAGCUACCACGAGCAGAAGAAGUUCCAGCAGAGCCGGCGGGCAGCUAUGCUGAUCCAGCAAUACUACCGCAGCUACAAGGAGUUCGGCCGCCUGCGGCCACACCGCCGGACUGCCUCUGCCGCCCUGGUGCAGCACAAACUCAGAAGCAGUCUGCUCACCAAGAGGCAGGACCAGGCCGCCCGCAAGAUUAUGAGGUUCCUUCGCCGCUGUCGCCACAGCCCUUUGAUGGACCAUAGACUGUUCAAGCGGAGUGAAAGAAUUGAGAAGAACCAGGGAACAUGAGAACCUGCAGAAGAGCCCCCUCACCAUGUGACAUCAUUCGUCCAGAUCUCCUCGUCUUUCUGUUUUUCCGUUUGAACCAGAGAUGUUUUACAACAGAAGAAAAAAAAAAGAAAAUGAAAAAAGAUAUGAAAAUUAAUUGAGAACACUGUAACUAUUACUACUACGGUACUAUUGAUUCUACUUCUGCGUGUACAUGUAAAACAGCAGUUUUUCAUAUCUCCUCUGUCUUUCUUUAUGAGGGAAAAAGGCCACUUUUAUGACUUCAACAAAAAACUCUGUAAAGGGGAGACUUGUAAGAGGAAGGACAUUCGCUUCAUGGCAUUGUUUGCACUUUUUUUCAUGGAUUGAUUUCUCAUUUGUUUUGAAUUAUUUUUUUGGAAGCAUGAAUAGUGGAAAAAAAAAUAAGGAUACUAGAAAGGACCCUUAACAUCAUGAGGAUCACACAAAGUGGACAAAGAGAAGAAGACAACGAGCCAUGACAAGCUAUGGAGUCAUCCGGGGAACGGAGAGAAACCAGGCUCUAUAUGUGUGUCAUGUUUUUAUGUGACUUACUGAUCAUGUCGGAGGCAAAACAAAAAGAACCAAACAUUGUUGGUAAUUCAUAAACCACUUGUAUACACACCGAAAGAAACAAACAACGUACCAAUCUGGCAUCAUCUUCAUGAAAUAAAUAUCUAGCCAGUCCUUUGUUAAGAGGGAUCAAAACUUCCCAUGAACGUUGGAGAGGUGUGGGCAAAGUCAACGCAAAUCUUAUUUUGCUGUCUUUGACAAGAAUUGGAGGGGAAUCAAAUUGGACUAAAGUGUUUAUUUUAACUGACUUAUAAAAUAUGAAGUGUUAAAUAUUUAUAAUAACUUGGGGAGGGAUAUGCACAUUUUCAUUUGUCUUGUUUUUUCCUUUGUUCCGUUGCUUGAAUCAACACCACGACCGUCUUAAUUAAAAGUCAAUAUUAGUGCUGGUCUGCAACGUGUGUGUGUGUGUGUGUGUGUGCAUCGUAGCUCAUCAUGAGCAACGGGACACAGAAACCCGCGAGGCCGGAGGAGGCUGCAUGCUCUCAGGUCUGUGCUGUCUGUGGCAUGCUUGAAAUGUGGUCUUCGUUGUCUUUAGUCAUUUUUUAACUGGGUGUUUCCUGUCAUGGAACUCUCAUUUGGCCUGGAGUCAGUAAGCCCAACACACCUCCCCCACAGUUCAUAGAGUUUGGUCAUUAAAGUUAUUAAGGUGUUGACAUAAUGAACCACGUGUUAUUUCAAUUUGGUCUUUAUGUCCUUCGGUUUUAUCUCCUGACAGUAAACCAAUUGCACCAUUGUAUGUUAUUUAUUGGUUUAUUCAUGUGAAAUGGUUUGAACUUCACGGACCGUUGAGGUAUUUUGUGAAGUGAAAGAUCACACACAUUGCCUUGAUGUCUUAGAGAUUCUCUGAGGGGUCCCUGAGCUAGUCCCUCAAUAGUCGUUAGACAAAUCCAUAUUUUUGACAAUUGAGUGGUUUGUGUACAUAUGGAAGGCUGCAGGUUCGCAAAGAAAAAAAAAACAUUUAUCCGAAUGGGAUUGUAUUUUAGAAAUAUAUUAUUUUAUUCAUUAAAAUGGGGACAAAAACAGGUACCGUAAGCAACAUAAACUGAAUAUUUGUAUAGUUUUCUUUGAAUGCCUAAGAAGUAUGGUUGUAUUGUUUGUACAUAGUGUAAAUAUCUGGGAUAAACUGAGAAACGUGCAUGAAGACAUGAACAAAGGUACACAAAUGGACUAAAAGCAUUAGUGGCUAUGCUCUGUAAAAUGAUUCAGACUAUUUCACUAUAAGAGUAUUUUAUUUUAUUUUGAAUGUUCUUGUGAAGAACAUUUUGCUAAAGCAUGACCUUAUUGCGAAAAAAAAAACUAAUGAUUAAAAAUACUGUAUUUAGAGUUAGGAGAAAAUCAGCAAAAUGAUCUUAAGGUUAAAGGUUCUGUUUACAUUUUUUGUUUAUAUCCAUAUUGUUUUGGGGCUACCAAGAAUCUUUUGCCAAUGGUGCCAAGUAAUGUGAAUGCUAUAUUGCUUAACAACAUAAUUAAGUUACUCUUUGCUUAACUGAUAAUCAAACAACAAAAUACAAUUUGCAUAAAAGUCAACACAUCACAAUUCGAAUGUCUACAGAAAGAGUUUCACUUCACAGCGAGAUAAUUUUUCUCUAAAGCAAAGUUCAAGUCUCUCACUUGUCCCUAUUUUAACAUCUUUGGCAACAUCCAAACUGCUUUGCUAUUGGCUAGCACUCACUGUAAGGCACAGAGCCUAGACAAAACCACAUCUGUGACAUCAUCUGUAAGGGAAGGGAACGAUUGGCUCCCAUGACAACUGGUAAAAUGGCUACCUUGUAACCAGAAAGCUCCAGGCCUUCUUGGCUAAAUAAGCUAUUCUUUUCUGUCUGAAUGGGACUUUACGUACAUAUCAGCUGGCUAAGUGUUAUGGUGUCACAGGAAAAACUGCUUUACUGUAUGCCAGAGGUUACGGAUGAUCAAGGAAACCAUCUAAAUGGUGUUCCCUGUCCACCACACAAACAGCAACAGUAACACGAAACACUAGGAACAAAAGCAGUAGUCUGGCACAAACUUGUAGAAACAAUAAAAAGAGGUGUGAACAUACUGUACCUAGGUGCUAACAAAUAUAAAUGUGGCAUCACAGAGAAGCCAGCUACUAUUGUUAUUAUUUGUUUUCAACCAAACACAUGUUUGUUUAGCAAUUGUUUGGCAAUUAUGCCACUCCUGUGGGUUUCACUUAGUGUUGCAACAGCUUUUGAUGGGGGAGCACUGUGGCUUUCUCUGAAUGCAAAGAUGCUGUUCGUGAGAAUGUCGAGGGCCAUGCCUGCAGUUAUGGCAUUUCCUAGGGUUUGAGUUGUAUUUGUGUGGAAUGUAUGGCAAAGACUAUCCUGUAUUCUCAAUGCUCUUUGUAUUGGUUGUAUGUCAGUUUUGCCAUUAUGCAAUAUUUUAUUUGUUGUGAUUUAUUUGUUUUUUUUUUAACAUCCAGAUGUAAGGAACUCUGUUUACUUUUUGCAUUCUGUUCCUUUCUAUGUACACUUUUGGUUUGGAGUGAUUAAGUGGGAAGUGCCUAAUCAACCUGCAUCUCGACUGUGGCAAGCUUUAGUUAGCAUGCGUCCCACACACACACACACACACACACACACACACCCAAACACACACACACACAAACACACACACAUACACACACACACACAGAGAGAAACACAUGCACACACACACAUACACACAGGUGGUAGAUGGUCAUAAGUAGAGGUCACAAACCUUCCUCCCACAACCUCCCACAAUCCUCAGCCCACACUCUCAUUGACAACAAGAAAACCUUUGUGUGUUUUUAUGCUUCCCUUGUUUUCACUGGCUCCAGGGUCUAUGCCAACACUCUGAAAUGCCAAUAGUUUGCCAGUGCUUUAGGACGUGAUGUCCUAUCUGUGCCACCAGCUUAAAAGAAUACCCACGACAGACAGAUCUCAUCAGUCCAUUACUCUUGCCUUGCAUUCAUCACUCCAGUAGAGGUUUAGGACGUCAGCUAUCGCACUGCUAUGGCACCUUGAGAAGGUCUUAUUAUGCUUGCAUGGUACAUAGAAACCUGGGUGGUCAAAGUGCACACCCGAAGCAUGCUUAUUUUUGUAGAAUCGGUAGCUGGUAGACUUGUUCAAGACGUGGUGUUCUGUAAAGCGCCGGACGUUGGUCUCACGUGUCGCAGAACUUUUUUCGAAGAGGGAGGGCAGAGGAGAAUCCUAAAACAAGAAAACGGAGAAAAAAAAUACUAAACUAAAAUGUCAAAACACUUAGCACCCGACAAGUAUUCACACAUGACCUUUGUUCAAUAAUUGUUUUAUGUUUCAUUUCAAAGUAGGUGAACACUGAUGUAGGCCUAGUUUCAGUUGUCCGAGGAAUCUCACAGUCCACAGAAUACACUCUCCCUGUCUGCAUAUCAAUGUGUGUAUGACAGCAGAGGCUUGGUCUUACCCAGUACAGACAGACAAGGAGAAACCUCACACACACACAUACACACUAGUCUCAUCGUAGCUUAGGGAGCUGCUAGCCUCCCACUGGUGUUUUUUUCUUCUACUCAGGGUGCCAAAAUGAGGAGGGGGAAGUGGGGCAGGUCACAGGGGAAGUAGCCUGUUGCCGAGGACACCCUCAGCAGGAUAGUCAGAUUGGCGGUCCCUCCUUGAGCAGUGUUCCCCUGCUACGAAAUGAGCCUGUGUGUCUCGAGAAGAAAACAACCGUGACUGUGAAACAAAAAAAGUAAUUUAGCCGUUUCCUUUUUUUUUCUCUUCGCUUUCCUCGCUCACGUUUUUUUCUCUAUCCAAAAUGGGCUGAUCUGCAAUACAACUACAAGACCAAGAAUGAGACCUCUCUCCUCUUAAACAAGGCACACAACAUGUAAUGCCAGGAAUUGGGUGAUGUGUUAAUGAAGCCAUUCACUCAGCCAUGUUUUAUCAGGCUGGUAAGGCUUUUUUCAAUUAUAAUUGGGCUGUUUGAUCCUGCCCCACUAUGAGGGCCAAAUGACAAUGGAGGUUUUGUCACAUUGUGACCCCCCAUUCUGCGAAAUAUGUUCCUUCUCAACAAAUUGUCUUUUUUUUUUAUCAUAACCAUCAAAUAUCUACAAGUAUCUACUGAUCAGUGAGAUAUGGAUAUGCUGCAGUUUCUGCUGUGUGUAUUCCACAGUAGCCAACCACUGCCAUGCAGUAGAGGAGUAGCAGAAUGGUAUUACGCUUUAAAAACACUCCCUGUCUGAAUGCUGCCCCUGUGAUCCCACUCCCGCACAUGUCUCCUGUAGUUACAUUAAGUUCAGUUUUCAUGUGAACACGUUUGUGUCAGAAUCUGCCUGGUUAUUGGCUUCAGGUUGGUCUCUGUGGGCUAUUGCAGGUCAGCUUACGGGUACCCCGUGCACUGACUCUCACGACACUCUGCAGAGAGCCAUUUCGGCAGACUGCCUCUCCUCCUCUUGGUCCUGGAACGCACCCGUGGUUUACACGUGCACAGGCACAUCAGUAACACAGGCCAGAGAAACGCUCAACAAAAACACGCAACUUUAGCUCUCACACAACGUUUUCCACUCAUGGACACAGAGCAAUAAACAUUUUCUUAUGAACUGGAGACCUGUUAAUCCUUACAAAACCAACCAAUUGGACACCCGUAUAGUUGACCUACUCUUAUGCAAAUGCCAGUAUUGCAGGAUUAGUACUCAGUAGUUUAUGGACAGCGAUUAUAUGACACCCUUUACCGAGCUGCACGUUUCAUCAUCUUCAGAAAGAAAAAAAAAAAAAAAACAAGAAACACCCAGAAAAAGACUACCCAGCCCUGCUUUUGUACCAGGCAGUGGGGCCUCCAACAUUUUGCAUGUAAGAUGACUAGUGUUAGAUCUCUUUUCCUCUCAUCUUCUUGCUCUCUCCCUCUCUUUCUCUUUCUUUCCUUCUCUCUCUCUCUCUCUCUGCCUCCCCUUGUUAUGUAGCCCUCUUCCUUUUCCUCCCAGUCUUCGUUUCACUGUUUGUUUUUUCGUUCUCCUAAUGUGUGUUUUUGCUUUUUUUUCUCUCUUUUACUCCCUCCUCUCUGGUUUAUAAGUUUUAUUUUUGUAAUUGUGCAUGUUAACGCGUCACUGAAACAAUGGAUAUGUUUAAAAAGAAAAAAAAGAAUUCAGCUGCUGAAGCCAUGCAAAACAUUUUGAAUUGCCCUUAAAAAUAUGAAAGAUGUUUUCUGAAUGCUUUAUAUUCUUUCUGCUGUAAAAUAAUAAAAAAAUACAAAAAUGAA